AUGGCGAAAUCACCAGAGGUUGAGCACCCCAACAAAGCCUUGGGCUGGGCAGCCAGGGAUACUUCUGGGAUCCUCUCUCCCUUCAAUUUCUCAAGAAGGGCAACAGGAGAGAAGGAUGUAAAGUUCAAAGUUCUUUAUUGUGGAAUAUGCCACUCGGACCUUCACAUGAUCUUGAACGAAUGGGGCAUGACCACCUACCCACUUAUCCCUGGGCAUGAGAUUGUGGGUGUAGGCACGAUGGAUGGUAUCAUUGAUACAGUCUCUGCUCAGCACCCUCUCCUACCUCUAAUUGGUUUAUUGAAAACACAAGGAAAACUCGUUAUGGUUGGUGCGCCAGAGAAACCACUUGAGUUACCAGUUUUUCCAUUAGUCAUGGCAAGGAAGUUACUGGGUGGUAGUUGCAUUGGAGGCAUGAAGGAAACACAAGAAAUGAUUGAUUUUGCAGCCAAACACAACAUAAAGGCUGACAUUGAGGUUAUUCCUAUCGAUUAUGUGAACACUGCCAUGGAACGCCUCCAGAAAGCAGAUGUCAGAUAUCGAUUCGUCAUUGACAUUGCAAAUACAUUGAAGUCGAACGCUUGAAUUUUGCUGCCUUUUGAGCAAGAGUUGCUGACCAGACUAGGAUAUGUAUUCAGUUGAUAAAAUCGUCUUAUAUCUGGAGUUUUGUUUUCUUCUAGUUCUGUUUUUUGAAUAAGUCUUCCAAAUACUAUGAUGGAAAAGAAAUAAUAGGCUGCUCGUGUUGGAAAAACAGAAGUUGCAAUACUUUGUUGGUUUUGGAUUUUAAUUUUUAAUCAUUCAGUGAGUUCUAA